UGCGGCGCGGCUAACCCGCCUCCCUUCCACCCUCCCGGCGCCCGCCCGCGGCGGCCAUGGGGGCGCGGCUGGGGCGGCGGGCAAGAGCAGAUGCCCCUGCGGCGCCGAGUGCCGGGCCCGCGCCCUACGAGCGCAGGGUGCGCUGGCUGCGAGAGAUCCAGUCCACGCUCCGGGAGCGGCGGCCAGAGCGCGCUCGGCAGCUGCUGCGCCUCCUGCGCCAGGACCUGGGCCUUGAAGGGAACCUCCUCACUGAUAUCCUCUACAGGAACGUGACUUUCCUUAACCUGGUGGACCCCAUCUCCCAUGACCUGCUGGUGAACCUGGCCCGGGACCUUCAGUGUCCCAAGAAGGACCAUGAGCUCUGGAAGUCCUCGGACAAGAUCUGUCGGCAACUCAUCUACCACCUCACUCCGCACUCCAAGCGAAAACCCCACAGGAAAACCCAGAGCAGCCUCAAGAGCAGCCUCCAGAAGACUCCGCUGGUAGGGGAGACUGUGGACCUUUCCGGCAUCCCGCUAUCGGCCCGGGACGUGCAGCAUAUAUCACGGUACCUGGACAGCCGUGGUGUAGAGCUGGUGGUCCUAGACCUGAGCUUCACGGAACUAAGCGAUGAGCUGCUGCAUCUGCUGCUGCCCAGCCUCUGGACUCUGCCCCGCCUCACCCAGCUGCUGCUCAAUGGUAAUCGGCUGACAAAGGCUGCCGCCCGGGAACUCACCGAGGCUGUCAAGGACGCCGCCAAGUUCCCCGUGUUGGCCUGGGUGGACCUGGGUAACAAUGUGGACGUGUCUUCACUUCCCCAGCCCUUGCUGGUGGGCCUACGAAGGCGACUGAGCCAGCACACCUCCCUCCCUACCAUCUAUGAGGGCAUGGACCUUGAGCCUGGGGUCGGCCUGGCUGAGUCCACUGUCUCCACCUGGGGCUCUGCAGCCACUGAGGCAGGACCAGAGCCUCAGGGCUGUUGCGCCAGGUGACUGCCUACUGGUCUGGUUCCAUGCUAAUGACUGAGGUCUUUUAACAACCAGGUAGUAGAGGCCCACGGGUGUCCCUCAGAGAGAAAGUGCAAAUGCUCAACUUGGGGUGGAGUGGGAGGAAGGAGAAGGGUUUCCUGGGGGGCAGGCCAGGCUGCCCAGACUAGGGGCACUCCAUCUUGCCCAGCCCUUCCAGGAAAGGAUGGUGACCCUUACUUCCGGCUCUAUGUACCGCAGACUUCAGACUCACUGAGCUGCAGAGGUAGGAAAACCCCACCUGCCCGGAGUGGGUAAAACCACAGCCAAGUUGAUGCCCCCUUAGUGCUCACUGGGAGGUCUCCAUGGAAACAAGGCUUAGAGGUCAUGGGUUCAGUGGUGUGGGCUCAGGAGUUAGAGGAGACCCGCCCUCCGGGUAGGGUUGGAACUCUAUACAUUUGGAAGCUUCAGGGUGGAAGGCUGGGAGUCCCAGACCGGCAGAGCUCUGCAUGGAGCCUGAGAGCAAAUGCCCUUUGGUAUGCACUGGGCGGGGGGCAAGGCUCCACACACCGAAGGCAAGGCCCCGGUGGAUCUGGAGGUGGGACGGUUGACCUUGUGUUUGUCCCCCGUCGGACACAGCACUGGCCAUUCUCCCCAGCUCCAGUCCCCACGCUUCCUGUGUAGGCCGAGUGAGUGUCUUGGCAGGGUGAGGAGAGGCAUCUGGCUAGAGAUGAUAAGCUGUAGUGUUUCCUUUGGUUUUAGGGUCACGCACAGCAUGUAAGGGGGUGGAGGUGGGGCCCAGCUAGCAUCAGGAGUUCUCAGGGCAGAAUGGACCUAAGGGUAUCUCUCUAGGGAGCUACUAUCUUCCUUCCCCAAAAUCCCUCAAGGUGGCCUUCCAACUAGAAGCCUAACGCCUGGUCACCCUCUCUGACCCAUUUAGAAUACUAGAGGUUUUAGCCCAACAGGUAGGCAGGCAGGGCAGGUGAGGGAGACUCAGAGAAGAAGGGGGUGGGGAAACCAGUGGCCUCUGGGUAGAGCCAAGACUUAAGGCCUUAAGGUGACAGUGGAGAGACCCAGGAGCCGAGGGCAGCCUCAGGGUCAAGGUAAAGGCUGGGGUCACACUGGACCUGUAUGCCUGCGGCCCACCGGCUCUGACCCCCCUCUCCCCACCUCUCUGUCUAACUCCAAGUGGACUAUGGACAGUACAUCCAGGCUCCCAUGACACAUCAAUAGCAGCACAUCCCCAGCCCAGUGUGCCCAAGGAGGGAGAGUGCUCCAUUACAUCAGCUCCCUCCCGGGCCUGGGAAAGCAGACAGCUGAGGAAAAGCAUUUCACCUCAUGCCCCGCCGCUUUAGACAACUGCUUAUCAAGACAGGACCUAGGGCUCCGCUCUGUACUUGCUGAGGGACCUGGCCAGGUCCUCCAUCUCUUUGGGCCUGGGACCCAACUUCCUGCUCUCUGUUAACGAGAACUUGUUGUCCUGGAUCCUGGCAUUCAGUGUUUCAUCUUGAAGUACUACCCACCCACCCACCCCCAAUUCUCCCCCUUGUUUUAAAGACAUGGCUUGGAGUUGUUGGACUGUCCCUGUGCCUUCACAACUCCGGACAAGGUUUGGGGCUUUCUGGAGCCAGGCAAAGCAAGAUGGAGUACAGGCCAGCGGAGAGAAGGGAGGAAGGGCCAGCUUUGGGCCCAGCAGACUGAUAGCCCCAAGGCAUGCUUAGGCAGCUGAGUUCUCUCUGUAACUCCUUGCUGUACAAUGGCAGAGUUCCGAGUCUCUCCUGCCCUUCUUACUCUCUGCCCACGGCUGGUCAGCAGCCAGUCCACAAACCUUUAGAUGUCACGGCGCAGCAAGAUUCUUCCAAGGAUGGUGCGAGAGAACCGGAGUGGCGGGUGGGGUGGGGGUGGGGGGUUCCCCGGCAGUUUCCAGGCAAAUCGAGAUGGCAGCGGACGGUCUCAAUUUCCCCACCUUUUCCAGGCAAGUGAUACAGUCGCUGAGCCAGAUCCUGAGACAGCUUAGGAGACUCGGGCAAAGUUGGCUUUGCCGCUAUCUAUGCGAGUGGUCCUGGCCCUUCUCGGACUUCUCAUGACCACCAGUAGGGAGAUUCCAACAGCAGGGACACAGAUUUCCAGAGAAGGGAGGGUUGAGCCUUGUCUUUGUGCUACUGUAACAGAAUACCACAUCCUGGUAAUUUAUAAACAAUAGGAGUUUACUUAGCCCGUGGUUCUAACGGAUGGGAAGUGAAAUAGAAGAGGAGCAUCUGGUGAGGGCUUUCUUGCUGCGUCAUUGUCUGUACCACGCGGCUGGAGAGCAUGCAAGGGGCAAUAAGGACUUCCUUGUGCCAGGGGAGAGCCCCGCUGACCUAACUGUCCUUUAAAUCCCAGACUUGUUGGGUUUCCCACGCAUGCACUCUGAGUUGGCCUCACUCAGGCUGGUGAAGACAGCGCUGACCAGGAAGGCAGAAGGGAGCAUGUGUGUGUGUGUGUGUGUGUGUGUGUGUAGCUUGCUCAUGUUCCAUCCUGGAAGCAUUCAAACAUCCUUGGUCCAGACCCAUCCCUUCCUAGCAGUGUGGUCCCUUUCGGAAUCAGGGCACAAACAUCCUUGUCCUAUUGAAGGGAGGAGGAGAUGAGGUUUGAAAAGAGCUUGUCACAGACUGGUACAAGCCAGCAGGACACAGUGUCUGCCGGUGAGUCAUUCAACGGGUCUAACUGUGUGGUGAGAUUUGGCAAGAGCUAGGCUGAAACACAUUUAUCUAUCUAUCUAUCUAUCUAUCUAUCUAUCUAUCUAUCUAUCUAUCCAUCCAUCCAUCAUCUUUCUUUCUUUCCUUUUUUCUUUCUUUCUUUCUUUUUUCUUCCUUCCUUCCUUCCUUUCCUUUUCUUUCUUUCUUUCUUUCUUUCUUUCUUUCUUUCUUUCUUUCUUUCUUUUUUCUUACUUUCUUUCUUUUGUUCUUUCUUUCUUUCUACUAUCUAUCCAUCAUUUAUCAAUCUAUCUGUCUACUAUCUAUCAUCUAUCAAUCAAGUUAUCCAUCUAUCUAUCUAUCCAUCAUUUAUCAAUCAUCUAUCUAUCAUCUAUCAAUCAAAUUAUCUAUCUAUCUAUCUAUCUAUCUAUCUAUCUAUCUAUCUAUCUAUCUAUCUAUCUAUUUUAGGACUGAGAACUGAACUCUGGCCCUGAACCAUACUAGGCAGUGCUUUUUCACCAUACUAUAUCCUGUACCCUCUCCCCUCCCCCAUCUCUCUUUUCUUAUUUAGUCAGUCUUGUGCUACUGUCGCCUACACUGGGCUCAAACUUCCAUUCAUCCUGCUUCCAUCUCAUGAGUGCUUGGGGUGGCAGGCCUGUGUCAGUGUUUCUAGAGCAAUCUCUAUGAGAACCCAGAGUCAUGGGCAGCUGGUUCCUGAUGCACCACGGUUUUCUCCGGGUCAAAAGGGAAGCUCACUUGUCCUGGGAGAUUGUCUCCGCCACUGCUGUCAUCAACACUAACAGAAACUGCCAGUACUUUCUUCCCAACUCCAUAUUUUUGUUUUGUUUUGUUUUAAACAGCAAUUUAUUGAAAAAAAAAAAAAACAAACAAACCCCGAAAAACCAAGCUGUUAGGAACUGGGCGUGGUGGCACAUGCUUGUAAGCCAGCCUGGGCUAUGUUGUAAGCAUCCGUAAAAUUGCAACAUAAUAAAGCAAACACACUGUGACAA